GGGUUGGCGAGUGCAUCGGCACAGUUUCUGACGGAAACCAGAAAAAAUACUAAGCGUGACUAAAACUAUUUCAGUGUAUAAAUGUUAAAAACUUUAAUAACAUUUUUAUUUGAAACUACCAGAACGAAAUUUUUGGUAAAUUAUGAAGCCCUGACAACUCUGUAGUCGAUAGUCAAGAGAGCUCGCGCCAUAAGCCUAUCGUUCUCAGCUGUUUGGAAGCAAAACAAAGAGGAAGGACUACCAAUUGGAAAUGUUUCUGUUCAUCAGCCGUCCCACGCGGACGCUGGGCAACCGGAUGCAGGCGGUUCGCGAGCGCUUGGGUCCGGACUUAUCCGAUCAACUGGACGCUCUACAUCGUAAUGUGAUGCGGACUGGACUGGUGUCCACACAGGAGCUGGAGGAGGCGUUCCGCAAGACGCGCGACAUGGACCACAACCCGAACCGGUUGAAUUUGCUCUGGCUGUUGGGCAUUGUGUUCUUCAUCAUGGUGGCCACCCCGGUCUUUUAUGAGACCAUCUCGUUCCUGCUCGGAGUGCGUUGCUUUCUGCCCAACAACUACUUGGUAUGGGAGGCCACUAGGCCCAUUAGUGACUGCGAGUUUUGUAAGGGGGUGAGAGCUCCCCUGAUCUUGGCCAAUCUCACAAUGGAGGAGUUCGCACCGCACGCGUACUCCUCGAUGCCCAUCAUUGUGAAGAGGGCGGUUGCUCACUGGCCAGCACAAAAGAACCUCAACUUUGCCUUCAUAAAAGAACUGUACGAACGCGUCCCGGGAGCCAUGGACUCAGAUUGCCAGUUUAUGCACUUCAACUCGGAUCUCAAGUCGCUGAAGCAUGUGUUUUCCAUGUCCGCGGAGCGUUCAAAUCUUACUCAGGGAGUGCCCUGGUUCGUUGGCUGGAGUGUCUGCCAGCCGGCUGUCCUGGCGGAGCUCAGAAAGCUGUAUCCCCGCCCACAUUUCCUGCCCUUCGAUGCUGAAAUGCCUCACACGGAUUUCAUUUUAAUGGGCUACGAACAAGGGGCUGUGAUGCAUCUCGAUUACAUUCCCCGCCUGAUGUGGCAAGCCCAGUUAAGUGGAAACAAGAGCUGGUUUCUGGCACCUGCUCCUGAAUGUGACCACCAGUGCCAGCCCUUCUCCUUCUAUGUGGAGCCCGGAGAUGCUGUGUUGGUGGACACACGCAUCUGGUACCAUGCCAAUUCAAUUCCCAAGGGUCAGUUUUCGCUCACCGUUCAGUCAGAGUAUGGAUGAGAUGCACCUUGUUCUGAGACUCAUAAUUCAAACAGCAAUGUUAGCCCAAUCUUUCGUAAGGUAUAAACUGACUAUUAAGAUCUCGAUAAAACCGCUAAAGACUUAAAAUACAUGUAGUAAACUCUGAAAA